AUGUCUAGAGCCAACGAACAGAUAGCCCGUGCCAUGGAGAUGAUGACCAUGGCUAUGCAGCAACAGAAUGCCUAUUUUGCUAGGGCAGAGGCGGAUAGAGCUGCGGCUGGUGCAGCAAGGCCCACUGGGUCACAGGAGAGUCGGGACCUAGCCGAGUUCCGAAAGUGCCACCCUCCACAAUUCAAAGGGGAUGCAGAUCCAGAAGUGGCUAACCACUAUAUUUGCGAGCUUGAGAAGAUUUUUACAGUGUUGGGCUGUUCGCAGGAGCGGAGGUUGGCAUAUGCUGUAUAUAUGCUAGUUGGGGAGGCAAAGCAUUGGUGGAGAGGUACCCAUCACAUGCUGACCGCCAGAGGGGUGGUUAUUGAUUGGGAAUGCUUCAAGAGGGUGUUCCUGGAGAAGUAUUUCCCUGAGAGUGUGAGGCAUGCCAAGGAAGCUAAGUUCAUGCGAUUACACCAAGGAGGGAUGACUGUUUCCGAGUACGCGAUGAAAUUCGAGCACCCGACUCAUUUUUAUUCGCAAGGUAUAGCUGAGGCCUGGAAAUGUUGGAAGUUUGCUGAGGGUCUGAAAUAUGAUCUGAAGAGGGUGGUGGUGCCUAUGGCCAUCACGGAGUUUCCAGCCUUAGUGGAGAAGGCGAAGGUGGUUGAGCGAUUGGAAGGUGGUAACCGUGGGGUGAAGACUGCUGAGGGACCAGCUGGGUCCAAGAAGGGAGGGAACCAAAGGAAUCCGUAUGAUAGGCCCCAACCUCUACAGGGUGGAGGUGCCACUCUGAGAUGUUAUAGGUGUGUCGGGCCCCAUUUUGUCAGGGAUUGCCCGCACACUGAGAGCCGUUGUUUCAGAUGCCACUAG